UUCAUCUAUCCCAUCGCCGUCCACAAAUCACCUCGGUAAACUACCUGUCCUGAUCCAUUCCGCAAUGUCGCAAAACGAGUACUACCAUCCGCAACAGGGACCGUACCAGCAACAGCCUGGCUACCCUCCGCAGCCACCACAGCAAGCGUACCCGGGGUACCCUCCCCAAGGACCUCCCCAAGGAUAUGGCCCUCCGCAGGGCUACCAGGGCGGCCCUUACGGUCCUCCCCAGCAGCCGAUGUACCAGCAGCCCCCGCCGCAGCAGCCUCAGUCGAAGGACCGUGGAUGUCUCGGAGCAUGCCUUGCUACCCUCUGCUGCUGUUUCCUCUGUGAAGAGAGCUGCGAAUGCUGCUUCGAUUGCAUCGAGUGCUGCGAAAUGUGCUAGAGUGCUAGACGGUCGUGCCCGAUCGGUCUCUAACAAUACACUUUUCAAGUCGUGAAUGGGAAAAAAGGCCGGUCGAGGCAUGAAACCAUACGAGGGAUGCCGAGAAUUUUUUUUUUUUUUCUUU